AUCAUUACCCCACUUCUUUCUAUUGAAGUUCGCUAGAAUAUGUAAAGUAUCUAAAAUUUCACUACACAUCUUAACACCAAGUGCUCAGAAUUAUGAAAAUUGGAAUUGACAAAGGUGAGAAACAUUCAAUAAUAACUUCAACACAGCCCUGCCGCCGUUUUUCUAUCGCAGAGAUUCAAUCCGCAACCAACGAUUUUGACGAUGAACUUGUGAUUGGUGAGGGGGGAUUUGGGAAAGUAUACAAAGGAGAUAUCAUUAUUGAAGAAAGCAGUCAUAUUGUAGCGAUCAAACGGUUGGAUUCUAUGUCUAACCAAGGGGCAUCUGAGUUUAGAGCUGAAAUAGAGAUGCUAUCUACUCUGCGUCACUGUAAUUUGGUGUCUCUUAUUGGUUUUUGUGAUGAAAGCAAGGAGAUGAUUCUUGUUUAUGAAUAUAUGCCACAUGAAACUUUAUCUUAUCAUCUACACAAGGCUGCAACACCUUUAACUUGGUUUCAACGACUAAAGAUAGCAAUAGGUGCUGCACGUGGCUUAGACUACCUUCACACUGGAGUUGGUACCAAACAUGGAGUCAUACAUCGUGAUGUGAAGAGCUCGAAUAUUCUUUUGGAUGAGAAUUGGGCAGCUAUGAUUUCUGAUUUUGGGUUAUCCAAAUUAGGCCCAAUUGAUCAAUCAAUUUCCCAUCUUAGUGCUAGUAUAAAGGGCACUUUUGGAUAUCUAGACCCAGCAUACUCUAUGACUGGACACUUGACAAGGAAAACAGAUGUGUAUGCAUUUGGGGUUGUGUUGUUCGAAUUGUAUUCAGGAAGACUUGCAGUGGACAGACGCCUUAAGGAAGAGGAGUGUAGUUUGGUAAGGUGGGCUCAAAAAUGUGUGAGGGAAAAAAAGCUAGAUCAAAUGAUUGAUCCUAAUAUGAGAUGCUUUAUUAGCCCCAAAUGUAAAAGAGAAUUUGCACAAAUUGCAAAUCGCUGUUUGCAUAGCUAUCCUGAAGAACGCCCUACCAUGGCUGAGAUAGUCGUGUCACUUCAGACUUCACUUGAACUACAACGAAAAUUUGAAAACCCGGUCCAGCCAUUAGGCAUAUCUGUAUUCACUUGGAAGAUUCACAAGUAUCUUGUUUUCACAACUAAACAGAAUUCAGAAAGUGGUACAAGUUCUCUAAAUGACCAUGGAAACAACAUGAAGCAGAACUGUUCAACCAACAAGGAUUGUACUGAUUUAGGUUAUUUUGAGGAAAUAGUAGCCCCAGAUCUAAAAAGGUUUACAUAUGUUGAACUGGAAUGUACUACAAGGGACUUUGGAAAUGACACAUGUUUAGGUGAGGGAAGAUGUGCAACAGUUUACAAAGGUUGGGUCGAUAAAAUUACAUAUGCUCCCUUUAUCGAUAAUACAGGUUUGCCUGUUGUCGUCAAGAGACUUCAUCUAUUCAACCAUUUAAAUUUGGAGGUCUUGAGAAAAUUUAGUCACCCCAACCUUGUUAAGCUUUUAGGAUACUGCUUAGAAGGAUCGUUUUUCCUUGUGCAAGAGUUCAUGCAUAAUGGAAACUUUGAGGGUCGCCUACUUAGUGGGGUUAUAGCACAACUUCCACUAGCUACAAAAGUGAAAAUAGCAGUAGGAAUUGCUAGAGGGAUAGUUUUCUUAGACAGCAUGCGAAAUGAAAUCACAACAUAUCCUUAUCAAACAUAUCGUUAUAAUCAGAGUGGAAUAGUGAAUGAGCUUCCGCUUCACAGGCAUAAAAUAUUGUUGGCUGAGGAUUUUACUGCAAAGUUUUCAGAUUACUAUUAUACUGAAGUAAUUGAUGAUUACUACUACAAAAAUCCUCGCUUCAGGGCCUCUCCACUUCGACCACAGAUCAAUCUUUCUGGUUUUACAGUUGUACUCGCGGAGAUUCUUACAGGUAAACGUAUCUUUGAGGAAUGGAAGCUCCAAAAGAUCGAUAGCUUGUUGCUCCAGCAUGGGAAAAUGUCUUUAGUUGAUAUUGCAAAUUCAUGUUUUGCCAUAUGCAAUGAGUUAGAUUCAGAAUCAAAAAUGCUAACGAUCUUGGAAAAUUAUGACGACUUAAUACGGAGAAGAUUUAAGAGUUAGUAGCUGUCGAAUUACGUGUAUAGAUAUAGAUAUAUCUACCAAUAUGUAUAUAAUAGAAAAUACGAUCAAAACAUUCUUUGAUCAACACAUGACACAAUAUUUAAUCAACAAA